AUGGAACUAAGACUGGAAGAAGAAAUUAUUGAGAAAUUCAACAAACAACCUGAGGACCAUGAAAAAUCGGCAGAAAAACAAGAUCACGAAUCCAUUCGACCAACAAUUGAAGUUACUGAGGAAUCCGAUUCAAUUGAUAGGAAACCCCCCGCCAUAAGUGCUGCCCUCAUUCUAUUGAAUAAUUUUGUCCUCUCGAUUUCCUUUUCGAUUGUCAUUCCUACUUCUGACACUUAUGUCAAAGCCCUAGGAGGAAGCGAAGUUUUGUCUGGUCUCAUUAUCGGUCUUCCUAUGAUCACGGCCCUCGUCACUUUAUAUCCCAUGCUUUUACUGUCGAAUCCUAAAUCUGCCAAUGGGUUUACCUUUUACAAACGUCCCUAUCUUUGCUCGUGUGUCACAGCAAUUUUAGGACACAUCCUUUAUUCACUUGCCUUCAAAGCUAAAAGCAUCGCUCUCCUCCUAGUAAGCCGAAUCAUACUAGGUGUAGCAUGUGUCAUGUAUCUGUACCAUAAAAAGUUCAUGUCCGACAGAAUAUUGGUCGGCGCAAAAUACAGAACUUUUAUGAGCACUCUCAACAUCAUUAUGCAAACCGCUGGAAUUGCCAUUGGUCCUUUCCUUGGUGGUUUAAUGGCCAAAGCUUCUUCCCAUUCUCACAACACUAUAUGGAAUCAAUAUACUUCCGGAAACUGGCUACUAGCCAUUUUUUGGUUUGUUUUGUUACUUGUUUCUUCCAUUUUCUACUAUGAUGCUGACUAUACCAUUCCUCCUGUCCCUCCAAGAAGUAAAACUCCCCAUUCUAAUCCUGAGACCGAAACCACACAUCGCCGUCCAGACCUUGCUUCUAUUUUAAAAAUUUCUGUUUCUGGAUUUAUUGCCUUCUCUUGCUUUUUUACAAUGGAGGCAUACCAAGCUUCCAUCCCCAUCUACACCAAUUACCUCUACAAGUAUUCUCCCUUUCAAUCGGGUAACUUCCUUGCUCUUGCAUGUCUCAUUGAUAUUCCAUUUCUCCUUUUCUUUUCUUUCCUUUCAAGGUGGGUAGAAGACCGAAAACUUACAUUAAUAGGUAUUCUAAUUACGCUCAUAUCAGUCUCUGUUCAUCUCAUUGUCAGCAGACUCCAUAAAGAGUAUCUCCAACUUUACUUCACUUUGUUUUCUCUUAUCUUUUUCGGAACUUCCAUCGCCUUUUCACCCCUUGUAUCUCUUCUCACUAAGCAGCUUCACCCAGAUCAUCACUUGCUAGCAAGCGUAGUAAUUCAAAUCAGCAUAGCUAUUGCAGACACUGUUGGCCCUGUUUUUGGAGGUGCAAUUCGUGUGAUUUCUUCUCUCGGAUUCCUAGCCACUUUACUUGCUUUGAAUGCAUUGACAGCCUUUUUUAUGCUUUGUAUUUGGAAAACCGCCAAAGUCAAAAUUGGGUAG